CAUUGUUGUCCGAGAUGCGUGUCUGAAGAUCGAAGCGUGCAUCCUUUCCCGUUCGCUGCUUAGACCUAGAAACUACAAAGGAUCACUCUCUCUUCUCAUGUAACGUCUUCUGCACUUUUCUCUCUCAAUGGCGGUGAUUUCAGGCGAAGAGCAGAGCCGUGAAACUCACAAUUUUGCUGUAUUGAGCAAUGGAGGUCCUAACAAUCAACAAUACGAGUCACUUCCAAAACCGUAUGAAGUAGAAAUUCCGAUUACCACCGAUGCCCCAUCAAGCUGUCAAAGCCACUUCAACCAGAAGAUGAAUAAUGCAGAUAAUUAUGUCCCAUAUAUUUUGGAUAUAAAUGUUGAGAAAGGAAAGUUGGAAGCUCCUAAAUGUGCUUAUGGAACUGCUCGGAAUUUGAAGGCAGAGGAUUGCUUAGCAAAUAUAUUGCAGAGAGAAAUCGCGUCACAGCUUGGAGGAAAGCUUAUGCAGCUCUUAAUGAAUAAUAGCGUUGAGUUACCUAAGUUUGCUUCCAGAGACAAAUGUGUGACCGAGAAAACCUGUGAUACGCUUACCAACAGAUUGAGGAAGUACAAGCGCUCAGCGUCAUUCAAUUCAAGAAGAGUUGUUCUCCUGUUCUCCAUUCUGUCAAUCAUGGGAACAAUCAUACUGAUAUAUCUAACGCUGAGAGUUAAACAGAUUGGUGAUGGUGCUGAUAGUGUUUGAUGUUUCUAUUUCUCAGUUGUGCCGUCCAUCGUUAGUAAAUUAGGUUUGCUAGGAGUUUUAUUAUUCCCCUUUUGCGUGUGUGUGUGUGAUGUUCUUUCAUGGUAGCUUUAUUUGAUUUUGUACAUAAAUGCUCCGAACAUGAAGUUCAAAAUUCAAUAGUUAGUGGUGCCGCCAAUAUAAUUUUGCACUGCUUUUUCCCUUGA